AUAAUUCCAUUGUUUCAAAAUGGCAGCGCCCAUGACACGCAUGUCGGUCUUAAAUUGCUGCAGUGUAUUCCUCAAAAACAUUAAAUAUUCGAAGCAGAUUCCACCAAGAAAAAUAAGUCAAGAAAAUGAUCCAACUUUCUGUCCUCCAUUUCGAACAUUUGUAAGCAAGUGGCGCCUUAUGUCUCCAAGAACUUACGCCCACAAUGACGUUUCUAGUGGCGGGAAACUGCAACGUGAACGUGCCGCGGCGGGCCCAACGGACGAUGUUCGAAUUCACGGUGACAGUACAGGGGCGAGUGUGCCAUUCAGGAGGCGAGUGGAAAAAGAGGUGUGGAGUGCGCCAGAUGAUGCACCAGUCACAGCCAAAACAGUGGCAAUGAAAAUCAGGAAGGAACAGAUGUUAAACAGAAAAACGGAGGAAACAUCGAGUUCAAAUUCAUCCGAAAAACCUGAACAAAUCAAUCAUGAACCAGAUCAGUCAGUUGCCAACAAAAGGAAAGAGGUAGACAGCAAAGGAUUUCGCACUCUGAGUCAUCAAGUGCAGGAUCUGAGCAGAUUUCAAGAAGACACUGUCACUUCCAUCUUGUUUAGAAGCGUCAUAUAUAAUGAAGGGGAACUAGUUGCCAUUGACAAGCCAUAUGGUUUGCCUUCCCAUGGUGGCCCUGGUGUCGUCCACAGUGUCGAUUCACUCCUCCCCCUCCUCGCAAAGAAACUCCGCCUCCAAAAGACCAGCCCCAACUCCAGGCUGUACCCAGUCCACCGGCUGGACAAGGAAACCACAGGGGUCAUGUUGCUUGCUAAGACUGACAACAUGGCCAAGAGACUGCACGGGAUGUUCAUCCGACACCAAGUGGGCAAGAAGUACUGGGUGGUGACAGUAGGGGUGCCGGACCCCAGGGAUGGGACCAUAGACAUGCCUAUGAUAGCCAGGGAGGUGGCUGGCAAGCAUAGGAUGGGCAUCCGGCCAGACAUUGGAGCUGUGUACAAGAACCUGGGAAAGCUGGGCGGAGGGGGUGGCACAAGGGCUGUCACCAAUUUCCGAGUCAUCAAUGAGAAUGGCAGUGCUGCACUGGUGGAGGUCCAGCCUGAAACAGGUGUGAAGCAUCAGAUCAGGGUUCACAUGGCCCUUGGCAUGGGUUGCCCGGUGCUUGGAGACCACAAGUAUUCUCACCAUGAUAAGCUGGCUCCUCAGCGGCUACCCAUGGCCAUUCUGCAGCAUCUAGGGAUACGGCAGGCCAAGGCUCGUACAGUACCCAUGCACCUCCAUGCAAGAGAGAUCAGCCUGCCAGAAUUCCUCCAUGGCAAAAACCUCUACAUUGCUACUAGGUUGCCCAGCUUCUUUGAGCAAAAUAUUAAGCGGCUCAAACUGAAAGUGGUGUGAAACUUGUAACUGUUGAAUGCUGAAGUACAUCUCCAAAUCCCGAAGACAAGAAGUCUGGUGUGGGGAGUGGGGGGGGGGGGGGGGCACUGCUCAGCAGAAGGCCUUAGACACAGUAGAGCAAAUGUAAAUGGCAUACUUGCCAUGCACGACAUACCAAACUUGUCAUCUUUUUAUCUGAGCAUCUCAGGAAGAAAGCCGUUGUUCGAUUCUUAUCGAUUCAUGUUCUUACAGCAUUUGCAUUUACAUUGUUUUAUGAUAUUGUAUUGAUCUUAGCAUAAACACCAGCCACUACAUCAGCUUUGAGUCAGCCAGUCGCCCCUGGCAUACUCGGAGGUUGAGCUCUUAUGCAGGAGGUUGUGGGUUCGAGUCCCACCCAAACGCUUGCUUGCUCUCAGGCAACGCUGAGAAUACAGUGCUUGGGUUUAAAAAAAUGCAUCAAUAAAAGGCUAAGCCAUAUAUGAAAUUGACAUCUCUCGGACACAAUAUUCCAUGAAAGAAGAUGAUGUGAUUCAAAUUACAUGUAGUUACAAGAAGCUGUAAUGUGUGAGUUGAUAUUAAAGCUAGACAGAGAAGUGUCACAAAUGCAAGGAAUUAUUAAUCACUUUUCUGUUGUUAUUUCAAAUUCAAUUGGUGGGUCUGAGUUGGCUACUUACAAUAAUUACACAUCUAGACUACAU